GGUGUGUUUGUGUGUGUGUGUGAUGCUGUUGAACCCUUCUGCCAUUUCAGCGGAUCAUCACGGAAAUAUCAACACUGCAGGAGCUCGGAUCAUUUGCUCACUCAUCAGGGACAUUUUUGCCAUUUUAAACCGGGCCUGUGGUGGACAGUAUAGGCCCGGUGAACGUGCUGCUUGUUAGGGCGUUAUUUAUGUAAGCUGCACCAACACCGCCACUGCUAGUCUAGAGGGUCAUUCUCAGAACACACAAUGAUCAAUAUGGGGCCUGUUUUUUACAGCUUUUGAGCUCUGAACUUAAGAUUAAAUUUAAUCAGACAUGGAGACGAUAUGGCUUUACCAGUUUCGCCUUAUUGUCAUCGGAGAUUCCACAGUGGGCAAGUCAUGUCUGAUCCGGAGGUUCACAGAGGGCCGCUUCGCCCAGGUGUCAGACCCAACCGUGGGGGUGGACUUCUUCUCCCGCCUGGUGGAGAUUGAGCCAGGAAAAAGAAUCAAACUCCAGAUCUGGGACACUGCAGGACAGGAAAGGUUCAGGUCGAUCACCAGAGCGUACUACCGUAACUCGGUGGGCGGCCUCUUGCUCUUUGACAUCACAAACCGUCGUUCCUUCCAGAACGUCCACAACUGGCUGGAAGAAGCGCGGAGCCACGUCCAGCCGCACAGCAUCGUCUUCCUGCUUGUCGGCCACAAGUGUGACCUGGAGGCCCAGCGUCAGGUGACCCAGCACGAGGCAGAGAAACUUGCAGGGGCCUAUGGGAUGCGCUACGUGGAGACUUCGGCACGAGACGCUAUCAACGUGGAGAAGGCAUUUGUGGACCUGACAAAGGACAUCUUUGAGCUUGUGAGGAGUGGGGACAUCAAAAUCCAGGAUGGUUGGGAAGGCGUCAAGAGUGGAUUUGUUCCCAACACUGUCCAUUCCUCCGAGGAGGUCGCCAAGGGCAGCCGGCAGUGCCUCUGCUGAUUUACCUGGCUGCAGAACGUUGGCUGACAGGUGGUAUAACGGAAGUGGACCUAAGUUCUCUCUCGCUGUGGCUGCUCUCAGGCCAGCUUUUGGGACUUCUUAAUGUUUCAGAUACACACCUUAACUAUAUAACAUUCAGGCACCUGUAUGGCUCUGUCCAAAUUCCCAUCAGAAUAGAAACACGAAUCACCCCAACCCUUCACUUCUCUGUCCGCAUGUGUGUGUGUCUUUGUAGCUGUUAUCAACACUUAAGCUUUAUGCCACAUUUGGCCUUUCCUGGUGUUUAUAGUGAUGCUCCAGUGGCCUGUUAUGUUGUAGCCACAGAUCAACAAUAUGAGUUUAAUGUAUUUCUCAUGUGUCAACAUGAAUUGAACUUAAAUCUGAAAUUUUGCUGCCAAGACGGAGCCACGCCACCUCUACAUUAUACUCUAAAUACACAGCAGCCUUGUGUGGAGAUGAUGCGGAAAGAAACAGCAUCGUCACUGACUGAUUGUACAGUUGCUCUACAAAUCUGACUGGCUUGAAACAUAAGGGGAAAAUAGUGAACUUGAGCUCCAACAGAGCCAAUGUUUGAGGCGCUGUCGUGUGUCUGACUGCUGAAGAAUGAGUUUGCACUGAGAAAAUGUGCAGUGGGACAUUUACUGUCUACCAGAAGGGAAAACUUCUGUAGCUGCUCACUGUCUGCCUUUAUGACUUGAUCAUAGCAAGGAUUUUUAUCAGUAUGGUAAGUACUUAAUUCAUGUUUACUACUCUGUUUGUUUACUGGUGAGACCACCAGGUGUGACACAAGGUCAGAGCCCUUUGUGUGGACCCUCAAAGCGUUUUAUGUGAGUGGUGAAAUAUGAAGCACAGUUUUUUUAUUGUUUUGUUUUGUUUUUUUUUUUUAAAUUGUGAUAAAAUUCACAACUAAUUUGAAAACCAUUUGACGAAUUUUGACUCCAUUUCACACUAAUUUCCAAAUAUUUAAAACCACAUAAUCAGUUGAUUAGUAUAGAAGAUAAUCUGUAGUUUGAUUCAUCCUGACAUCCUCACAGCCAGACAUAAAAUAAACCACAGUGAAACUGAAUGAAAUAAAAGUGAAAACUUGAGUGAAAAAAAUAAUGAAAUUGAAAAUAUUUUUAAUUAAUCUGAACUGAAUCCAUCUAAUUGAGCUGAAUCCAUAAAAAAAAUUAUAAAAAUUUAAUUAAAUUAACUAAAAUUUAUGAAAUUUGAAUAACAGGGAACUGCAUUGAUAAAAUUGUAUUGAAUCCAUAAAAAAAUAUAAAAUGGGGAAUUAAAUUGAACUGAAAUUUUCAUUUGAAAAAGUUGAAUAACAUUGAAUUGAAUCAAUAAAAGAAUUAAUUCAACUGAGCUGAAAGAUAAAAAAAAAAUAUAUAAAAAAGAGCAUGUAUCCAUUAGGAUGAACUACAAUAUUGUAUGAAAUAAACAAUUAAAUCAUCCGUCAUUUGAUGUUAUAAGUGGUCACUGCAUCGAGCUUUUGUUGUGGGUGUCUGUUGCAGUGAAGCUGAAGAAGUCUCUGUCUGAACACACUGUCCACUAAUCAUUAUGUCUUGCAGAGGGUAAGCAGUAAGGUCCAUUUUUGUUUAGCAACUCAUGCAACAUUCUUUUCUGCUGCCUCUUGAGAACAUUUUUUCAGUUGAUUCACCUGGUUAUAAAUAAAGGUUACUUCUGCAUUCUUCUCAGUUCUAGUGGCU